AUGUUUUCCAAAUCAUUAACGAGUAAAGAUACAUUCUUAGAACAGACUAAAGCAGCAAGAGAAGAACGUGCUCUAGAAAAAAAAAGAGAACAAUCAGCGAUUAAAAUACAAGCAAUCGUUCGUGGUUGGCUCGCACGACAGAGAUUCAUCAAGAUUAUUCUAAAUGAGUUUGACCAACUUCUCCCAGAGUCCACCAGCCAGGGUUCACAUGAUGAACCACAACAUCCUGAGCUUAUUCAAGCCUUGGAUGUUUACAAAGUUGCUUGUCAACUCUUCCUUGUAUUUAAGAAACAGAGAGAUAAAAAGAGAUUUGAGAAACUCUGCAAAUAUAUUGUACAGAGCCUACACUCUGAAUCAGUUAAGAUAUCAUAUGUUGGAGUGUUCCUUAAUAAAGAGUACAGUUUAAGAUGGAUCUCUCAUAUAAAGGAUUUACUGUACAAAUGCUGCCAGUACCUCGAGGAGUUAAAACCUGAAUCACCAAUAGACAUGCAGAGUAUUCUAAUACACUUACACACAUUAUUAGCAUUCACAGCUACAAACACUUGGGCAUUGACUCGGCUAAAAAACUUUGAGAAACUCAGAGGUGGAAUGACACAAUUGUGUGCUAAUGUUAUGGGAUCACUUUUUCACAGAGGCUAUUACUUAACUCUAAAGUCUCUUCUCCUUCGUGGGCUUUGCCGUGAGAAAGUGAGCCUUAAGAAUAUAUCAUUAACAGCAAUAGUGACGCUGGCUUUACGUCCACUUGUAUCAGCUCAGUUCUCCGAGAAGCUACUAACAAUGUACAUUAUACAGAUAUUAUCUGUGCCCACACUUGUCUUCCACAUGCAACAAAUAUCACCUGAGUCAAUAGCAGCCUUCAGAUCUCACGCAAUGUUCGACAAAUGCAUCGAGUUCCUUAGCGCAGACCAGAAUAUGCGUAUUGUAUUCAAUACACUGGAAGGCAACUAUGCUUUAUGUCUUCUAGCAAAUUUGAUACAACUGGCUUAUUCUGAGAGGGAUCAUGCUAACCCGGGUACAUAUUACCCUACUUUUGUGCUCGUCGUAACCCGCUUUUUGGACAGCUGUCAGCAAUACGUAGUAUGUAAGAAGGGGAACUUAAGCAACUGGCAUCCCGUACUGGGCUGGUUUUCCCAAAGUUUUGACGCCUAUUUACCCCCGGCCAUGGGGAAUUUGAGGACACAGCUAUCUUUGUUAUGGGGAGUGCAGUUAUUGAAGAAGUUAUUGGGGAAUCCUUUAAAGGAAAUGUUAGAUGCGGGAAUUUCUGGAGAAGAGGGAGCGGGACCCUCUCAACCUUCGACUCCUGUGCAGAGCAAUAAUCCCGCCUCGUUCAUUAGACGUGCUAUCGAGGCCAGAACUAAUAGAGCGAAUUCCAGUAAAAAUUUUAGAAAAUUAGGAUCUCCGGACUGCACUAAAGUUGCUCUCAUAUGCUCCAUGUACCACACGGCGUUGCAGACCAUGUCACAAGUCAAGCUGGAUAUAUUGACAGGUCUCUGCAAUCAAGAUGAAAUACUUCAUUCGCUAUGGCAAUUUCUAUGCACGUUGGGACCAAAUAGCGGUUUGAAAUCUUUCCUGGAUCUCUUAGCGCUUAAUACGAAAGCGUCUGCGCCGGAGUUCCAGAUGUUGGUUUUAUUCUCGGAUUGUAUGACUCAUUAUGUCACAAUAUUGGACGAUAUGGAAAUGUAUGAAAAGCAGGAUCCAUUCAAGUUGCAAGAUUUUCUUAACAUGUCGUUGUUCCUCAACAUGUUUAUAUACAAAUCCAUCAUAGGACAAUUAUUUGAUCUGAAAACGAUACAGAGCAACGAAGUGUUCUCGUCGCUGCACACGCUGCUGCUGGCGCUGUACCGGCGCGACUGCCGCCGCGCCUUCGCGCCGCCGCAGCACUGGCUCGUGCGCGACAUACGCGACACGCAGUUCAUGGCCGACCUGGAGAAGGGCAAGAAACCACAACAGGUACUCGUACAAAAGACUCCACACAUGAUCGCUCACGGCGAGCGCGUCAGACUGUUCAGACGAGCUGUUGCAGAUGAAAAGGUAGUGCUAGGUCUGACGGAGCGCGCGUGCGGCGGGCGCUCCACGCUGGUGACGGUGCGCCGCACGCGCCUGGUGGAGGACGGCUACCGGCAGCUGGCGGCGCUGCCGAGCCGCGCGCUGCGCGGCGUCGUGCGCGUGCGCUUCAUCAACGAGCAGGGGCUGGACGAGGCGGGCAUUGACCAGGAUGGCGUGUUCAAGGAGUUUCUAGAAGAAACGAUCAAACGAGUGUUCGACCCGUCACUCAACUUGUUCCGUGUGACGAGUGAGGAAAGACUGUACCCGUCGCCCACCUCGUGCCUGCAGGAGAACCAUUUGCAGCUGUUCGAGUUCAUCGGACGGAUGCUCGGGAAAGCUGUUUAUGAAGGUAUCGUAGUGGACGUGCCUUUCGCCUCGUUCUUUCUCAGCCAAGUGUUGGGGCAGACGCAGCAGGCGCUGUACAGCUGGAUUGACGAGCUGCCGUCCCUGGACCGCGACUUGUACCGCAGUCUCACUUAUAUAAAGCAUUUUCAGGGUGACAUUUCCAGUUUAGAACUCACUUUCUCCGUGGAUGAAGAGAGAUUGGGUGAGAUUGUGACUCACGAACUGGUACCAGGUGGUAAAGCUAUACCUGUCACUAAUGAAAAUAAGAUAAAUUAUAUACAUCUGAUGGCGCACUUCCGAAUGCAUACUCAAAUCAAAGAUCAGACCAACGCCUUCAUUAAGGGAUUCAGAACUAUUAUUAAUCCAGAAUGGCUUUCGCUAUUUUCCACGCCUGAGCUGCAGCGCCUCAUCAGCGGCGACAACGUGCCGCUGGACCUGCGCGACCUGCGCCGCCACACGCAGUACUACGGCGGCUUCCACGACUCGCACCGCGUCGUGUGCUGGCUGUGGGACGUGCUGCAGCGGGACUUCACCGAGAACGAGCGCGCCAUGUUCCUUAAGUUUGUGACGUCGUGCUCCAAGCCUCCAGUGCUCGGGUUCGCACAUCUAAAGCCGCCAUUCUCCAUACGCUGCGUCGAAGUGGGUGACGAUGAAGAUACUGGCGAUACUAUAGGUAGCGUAAUACGCGGAUUCUUCACGAUACGCAAGAAAGAUCCACUGAAUCGACUUCCUACGUCUUCGACAUGUUUCAAUCUACUCAAGCUACCGAAUUACCAAAAACGAAGCACUCUAAGGGAUAAACUACGAUAUGCAGUAAAUAGCAACACUGGUUUCGAAUUAUCU